UCCAGCCCUUCUUGAUAAAGCGGUCAGUCCACGUUUUCCGAAAUGGGUUGUCAUAAAGAUUAGCUCAUAUAAUCGAUCUGUAAAUAAAAUAAAAAUCAAACUGGAAGGAGGACAUCACAUCGCAAAUAAGUGUUGGUGAAGAGUCCUGAAGGAUCCUCUGUUUCACCUCUCGGCUGCCUUCUCCUCCUCUUCUACGUUUUUAUCCCCUGCUCUCUGUCUUGGAUCGGGAGAUCUGAAAGAAACUGGUGCUUGUCAUGACCUCAGGAGUCAUGACCCAAAGACUGGCCAAUGGUUCCCUCAACCUGACCCUAACCUUGACCCUCACCUUCACCUUGGUGCUAUGUCUUCAUGGUCAGGUCAGAGGUGAGGACGUGUUGUCCCCGUCCCAAAUCCUGCAGGAUCUGUUGUCUCGCCAUGGCGACAACAUCACCAUCUCAGUGCCGCAGCUGCGCAUGCUCCUCGCCCAGCUCAACAGCGCUGGCCAAUCAGAAGAUAGCAUCUCAGAGGGGCAGCCAAUCAAGGCCAACUCUUCUAGAUGUUUGUCUGUGCAGACUCUAUCUGCUCACGGUUUGGAUGAGCAGUCCCGUCUGGACAGGUCUGAUCUGAAGGAGUUCUGCCCAACCAUGCUGAGACAGCUGGACACUCGGGCGUGCUGGGCUGAGCAGAACCAAGAACCAGACUCCACACCCAGACCCACUGACGCUGAAGUGUGGGGUUAUGGGUUUCUGUGUGUGACGGUCAUCUCCCUGUGCUCACUGGUGGGAGCGAGCGUGGUGCCGUUCAUGAGGAAAACCUGUUACAAGAGACUGCUGCUCUACUUCAUAGCCCUGGCCAUAGGCACCCUCUACUCCAACGCCCUCUUCCAGCUCAUCCCCGAGGCUUUUGGCUUUGACCCGAUGGUCGACUACUAUGUCUCCAAGUCUGCUGUGGUGUUUGGAGGCUUCUACCUGUUUUUCUUCACUGAGAAAAUCCUGAAGAUGAUCCUUAAACCCAAAGACAGGGGGCAUGGGCAUGGACACAGCCAUUUCCCAGUCGAGCGGUACGUUGCCAACGGCGACGUGGAGGAUGGAGCAACAGAGAAGCUGCAGAAUGGAGACGCAGGGGGUCUGUCGUUACCCAGACAGGACGGAGGAGAGGAUGACAAGAUGCUCAACACAGGUCAGAUGCUUCCGGACUCGCAGAGUUCAGGAGGCGGGGCGGCCACGGGUGGCUGCUAUUGGCUGAAAGGUCGAGCAUAUUCUGACAUCGGCACGCUGGCCUGGAUGAUCACUCUCAGUGACGGGCUUCAUAACUUUAUCGACGGGUUGGCCAUCGGCGCCUCGUUCACCGCCUCUGUCUUCCAGGGCAUCAGCACGUCUGUGGCCAUCCUGUGUGAGGAGUUUCCCCACGAGCUGGGUGAUUUUGUCAUCCUCCUGAAUGCAGGGAUGAGCAUCCAGCAGGCGCUUUUCUUUAACUUCCUGUCAGCGUGCUGCUGUUACCUGGGAAUGGGCUUUGGGAUUUUGGCGGGGAGCCAGUUUUCUCCUAACUGGAUCUUUGCUCUGGCCGGCGGCAUGUUUCUGUACAUCGCCCUGGCUGACAUGUUCCCAGAGAUGAAUGAGGUAAGUCGUGAGGAAGAGGAGGCAGGUGGUAGCGGUUCGUUAGUCACCUUCGCCAUCCAGAACGCCGGGCUCCUGACAGGUUUCGCCAUCAUGUUACUGCUGACCAUGUACUCUGGCCAGAUCCAGCUGGGCUAAAGCCCCGCCCACAACCAAACCCACGCUGACCACACCCCAUCUGCUCUGGAAUCUUAACACAAGAGCCAAUCAGAUGCUCUGCCUCAUUAGAAUGAGUGGGAGAUUCAUCUCCCAGUGGAGUGGUUACUUCCUUCAUAACCUUUUAGUACCCUGUCCUUUGGCCAAACUGGGUACUUUUCCUCCAACAUCACCUUCUCCUCAAAUCUCUGUCUCCUCCUGUGCCUCCGUCUGGACCUUCUGAGAAGACAGAAAUGUCAUUCUCAUGUGGGAACGCAUUGAAACUCACUAACCUACUGUAUUCUUCAGUGUAUCUUCCACCAUAUGUGACCUGUUCUUAUCUUAGAGGAACUGCCCUGCUUCUGUCUGGGACAGUGAAAAUUUUUAUCAUCGAACUGAAACAGAAAAUACUGACAAAUUUCUUCUCUCCCAUGGUCACAGCUGCAGUUUGUCCUGGAUUUCUGGGAUAUCUCUAUGGUAACAGCUGAAUCUGUUUUUUUUUUUGUUUUGUUUUUUUGUAUGAGGAUAAUGUGACAGGAUGCAGUAAAACUGUAGAUGAAGUUUUCUUUUACUUUUUCCCUCAGAAACAUCAUUCCAAGUCAGCAAGUGAACAUUGUACUAAAAACAGAAAAAAAUCAUGAUCCCAAAUGUUUCUCCUCAAACCUUUACGUAAAAUGCCAGUUGACUUUUGAUUUGAUUAUAUGCCAGUUGACUUUUGAUUUGACGUUUGUAGACAUGUCUGAAGGAACAGUUUGGAGACUGAGGCGUGUCUGAGACACGUAGAGCAAAUAUGUGGCACACUUCAGGAAAGAUUCUCAAAUCACGCGUAUGCAGACAUUUUGUUUUGUGCUCCUCUCUCCUUCGUUCUGUGUUUGUCCUGAAGCUCUUGAUCUGAUUGGACAAACUGACGUGGAGAAAGAGUUUUCAGGACAAGUCACCUUUUUUCUCACGGAACUGUUUGCGGCCUAUUUGAGUUCUUGUAGUCCCGCUGGGUCUGACUGGCCUCAGGGCAUUCUCCUCAUAGUGAAGCCUCUAUUUUCAUAAGAUAUUUAUUAAUUUGUAAUGGAUUGUGUGUGUGUGUGUGUGUGUGUGGCCAU